ACCGUGGCCCAUGCACUGUACCCAUUUCCCUUCCUGUCCUCUCCAUCCCUCAAGCUGACGCAAAAUCCCAGACACCUUCCCCCCCUCCCCCACCCCCACCCGGUCCCCAGCACCUCGCCCCCUCCUGCCAUGGCUUCAGGCACAGAGACCGUGCACUAUAUCCACCUUCACAAUUCCAGCCAGUCGGUGCUGGAAGCUCUCCGCACGCAACGGCGCGAGGGGCUCUUCUGCGACGUAACUGUGCGGAUACAUGAUGCCUCCCUGCGUGCCCACGCCUGUGUGCUGGCAGCUGGCAGCCCCUUCUUCCAGGACAAGCUGUUGCUGGGGCACUCUGAAAUCUCCGUGCCACCGCUGGUGCCUGCUGAAACUGUGAAGCAGCUUGUGGAUUUCAUGUACAGCGGCUCGCUUGUUGUGCUGCAGUCACAGGCGCUCUGCAUCCUCACAGCCGCCAGCAUCCUGCAGAUAAAGACGGUCAUUGAUGAAUGCACCCAGAUCAUCUCUCAGAGGAAGGCAGGGGCGGCGAGUGCGGCCGCAGCAGCGGCUGCAGGUGGAGGGAUGCUUGGAGGAGUUCUUCCUAAACAAGAAGAACGUGGUGGCAGUAAAGGGAGGGAGAGUGGCGCCGGCGCGAGCUGUUCUGGUGGUGGCACAAAUUACCCAAACUUCUCUAAUUUCAUGGCUGACUGUGGAGCUAACAACAUGGGUGGAGGGCUUGGCAGCGCCAGUGUUAGUGUUAGCGAGAGCGGCCCCGGCCCCAUGGAGCAAGCUAACAGUGUGAGUCUGAUGGCGCUGGGCGAUAUGGGCCCCGGUUCCAUGUGCAGCGCCGAUGGCCUCGGCUCUGGAGCCAGCACAAUGCUCAUGAAGCAGAGCGCCAGCUGUACUCAGGAUGUCAGGUACAAGCUCAGAGACCUGCUGGCCCAGAGUGCUAACGGAGCGAGCACCAACAGCACAGGGAACCUCUCGGCAAGCUGCAGCUCCGGCGUAGGCAGCGUCGACAGCAUCGGCAGGGACAGCCUCCGUGGCAACACAACUGACCUCUCAGAUGACUUGGUGGGGAUGGACAGAUACAGUGAGGAGGAAGACUUGGACGGCAGAGAGCGGGGAAGAGAUGGAGACAGAGACAGGGGGGCGGGACACAGCCGCAAGCAGAGGCAGCCGCUAAGACUCCAGGUGCUGGGAGGAGAGGGAGUGGUGGUGAAAGACGAAGGCGUGCAGAACACAGAGGGCGCUGUCUACACCUUGGACGAUGGAAGACAAGAUGGAGAGCAGGAGGCCUCGCAGGAACCCAUGGCAGGAUUUGGACAGGAUUUCUAUGACGAGCAGGGGGUGUUUUCAGAGAGCUUUUGGCCUCAGAGCGAGCCUCCUCAGGCCAUGUCUUUUAAUCCCAGAGGACGAGUCAACAAACCUCUGACUCCACCUCCAACCACUCAGUCCAUCAACAACCAGCUUCUUUUCCAGUACCCAGUGAGCCAGUCGCAGCAAGCUCCGUUCUAUGUGGGCGGACCCAUGAGUGGAAUUGACACCAUGGCAGGAACAGAGCCUAGUCAGCAAGCUCCGCCCCCAGCACCCAUGACCCCCGCUCCACCUCCAGUAACCUCUUCCUGCUCUGCAGGCCCCUCCCCUUCCUCCCAGGGAUCUGAGACCUCAUUUGACUGCACACACUGUGGGAAAUCUUUACGUUCCAGGAAGAACUACAGCAAGCACAUGUUCAUCCACUCUGGUCAGAAACCUCAUCAGUGCUCCAUCUGCUGGCGCUCCUUCUCCCUGCGUGACUACCUCCUCAAACACAUGGUGGUGCACACCGGCGUCAGGGCCUUCCAGUGCUCCAUGUGCGGCAAGCGCUUCACCCAGAAAAGCUCGCUCAACGUGCACAUGCGCACUCACCGGGCCGAGCGCACCUUCCAGUGCAACGUGUGCCACCGGGCCUUCACUCACCGCACCUUGCUGGAGCGCCACGCCCUGCAGCACACCCACCACACGCCCCAGAGUCAGGGGCGUGGGGCUGAUAUGACCUCACCUACCAAGCACAGUCCUCCAGCUUUGGCAGGGCCCUCAGGUAUGGCUGGUGCGGCUGGCAUGGUCGGCAGCAUGGCCAACAUGCCCAGCCAUGGCACCUCCACUUAGAGAGAGGGGAAGUGAGGGUGGCACACCCAUUCCUUGAACCGGCACUUACUUGGUCCCAGCAGCCUGGUAGGGGCGGUACUUACUGGUUCCUUUGAUUUUAAAACUUAGCUACACCUUCUA